GCUCAAAACUAAACAUGGAUUUCCCAAGUGACGAAGUCAUCAAAGAACUUGAGAACAGAGAAUACAGUGUAGAGGAAUAUUUCUCCAAGGCUGAGCUGGCCAAACUUUCUAAUAUUGAAAUGCUUAGAUACAAAAACAUGAGGAAGAACUAUGAGAUAAUGUUGGCUGUUGGAUUACCUGCUGUGAUGCCUGAGUUCAUGAAGGGACCCAGAUCUAGAGCAAAAAGAAAAACAAAGAAAGUGGAAUCAGACAGCGAUGAAGAAUGGACUCCUUACAAGUCUACGAGGGAAAAGAAACAGACAGUUAGGUUUUCUGUCCCAGUAAAGGAGGUAAAGGAAAAGAAACCCAGGAAAAUAAAGACUGAAAAUAGUAAAAAAUCGACUAACAAAAAAGAGCCACGUAAAUAUCCACUUCGAGUACAAGAGAGACUUAAUUACAUGGAUGUUGAAGUGCCAGAUGAUGAUGAUUUUAUAUACUGUGAGGAAUGUAAUCAGGAACAUGAAGGGGACUGUCCAGUACAUGGUCCACUGUUAGUGGUCACUGAUACAGAGCAACCUCUAGGUAAUCCUGACAGAGCCAAGAAAACCCUUCCCAAUGGCCUAUCAGUAAGACAGUCAAAUAUUUUCAAUGCUGGGCAAGGAGUAUUUGCUGAUAAAUUUUUCCGUAAAAGAACAAGAUUUGGUCCAUAUGAGGGAGAAAUAACUGAAAACCGGGAUGAAGCCCAAGAAACUGGAUAUGCUUGGCAGGUAUGUUGUCCAAACACCUGGUCUAGAAAAGUUGAGUUGGAUGGCAACAUAGCAACUGUGAUAAAAGAU